GGGGNGGAGGGGUACUACGAACGUGUAUUUUUGUAGAGUACGAGUAAUCCCUCUUUCGAUUAGUCCGUCGCGCGCGACACGAAAGAAUAGAAAACAACGAGAAGAAAAUGGCUGCGUGAAAUCCUGGGGGCGAGGAGCACAAAACACAGAACAUUUGAUAAAUUUAAAUCUUUCCAAAGCCUGUUGGCAGAUUCGCAAGAACAUCACGGCUUGCGAACCCUGCGAACCCUUGCGAAGCGCAAUUCCAACGUUUCGAUUUGCUCCGGUUGCAAAGCUGUCUAUUGUCAGAAAGCGAGAUAAACGUUAACACUCCCGCAAGACGACACACGUAUCACGAAUGUUGACAACGUUCCUAACAUAAACCAAUCAUAUUUUUGCGUUGUGAGAGCUCCUUUCGCGCGCUCCUCGCCCCCAGGAUUUUACGCGGCCAUUUUUUUCUCGCGGUUUUCUUUCGCGUCACGCACGGCGGACUAAACCAAAGAGGGAUUACUCCAGCCUCCAGAAGCAUUUCCCGUCCAAAAUACUCAAUUUGGCGGCUCAGGCGCGCAAAUUCUGUUUUUCAACGCUAGCGUACCCUACAUAUCGAAGUGUGGGUUUUUUGUUAGGGAUGUAUAAUGGAGUGUGUAGCAAUUUGUUGCCAGAAAAGUCACGAUCCAGUUCCUCUUCCAGACGGGAAGAGUGUCUCUCUUGGAAGAGGACCUCUCACCAAGAUCACCGACAAGAAAUGUUCUAGAAAUCAAGUUCAGCUUACUGCAAAUUAUCUGGAAAAGGAAGUACAAGUUACUCAGCUAGGAAAUACUUCAAGCUGUGUUGGAGGUGUAAAUCUGAACAAAGGGGACUCAGCAUCCCUUGGACCUGGAGGAAUGUUUUGUCUCCUUGGAGACAGCUAUCGUUAUUUUAUUCACUUCACUUCAACAUCUUUUGAAAAAGAUGAUCCUGAUGAAGAACCAAGAGCAAAGAAAGCUCGUUGUGAUACCUUAAGUGACUCAGAUGAUGACAAUCUAUCGCAAGAAGACCUGGAGGAUAUACGCCGAGAAUUUGGCCAAGAGAUGGUUGAAAAAAUACAGCAGAAUCAAAAACAAGAUCAAGAGGUUUCCAAGCAGGAAAGUUCUCUUGCUUUUGAAGAUUGUUGGGAAAAUAUAGAAGGAAAGCUUAUUAUUUUUACAAGUAAAGGAAUAGAGGGAAGAUCAAAGAUUGCAGGUUUUGAUCUUGACAGAACUCUUAUUACCACACAGUCUGGGAAGGUGUUUUCUUCAUCAAUAACAGAUUGGAGGUGAGCAAGAUUCCUCUUUAACAAUCUUACAAUGGUCUAGGAUAAUAAUGCGUAAGACCUGCACUGUAUAUUGUACAGAUUGCUUGUUAAGUACUUAAUUUCCUGGUUUAUUUUUCUGGACACCUGUGCACAGCCCUUAUUGCAUAGAGAGUCUGCAUUCCCUGUUGAUGUUGCUCUAACCAGACCCUAAUUGCUGUAGUCCUGUUCAGCUUAUCUCCUCACAAAUUACUUCCCUAAAGAUAUCACAAAUUCUAGUGCUUUGUUAAUGCUGCCUCAUCAUCAGGCUUUUAGCCAGGAUUUGAAAAGUGACCGUCCAAAAUGUGCUAUAUAGGGCGUGCUCAACUAAACAAUUUAUUGGGCAACACAUGAAAAAUAAAAGGAUUUUCUUUAAUAAGUGGCUGUCCACAGGACGUCUGCAUGCCCAUCUUGCUAAAAGCCUGCUCUUCAGGCAAUGUACCUGCCGAGUUUCACGCAUUUAUGAUUAGGCGUGAGUCUCACAACUGCAGGUCAAAAAUGUUGAUCCUGUGUAUUCCUGCCUACAAACCAAAGUCUCAUGCAGAGUUGAAACAUUAAGCUGUUACUGCCUUAACCGACUCUAAAUAUGUAAACUCAAACCAAUGGAAUAAAAGAAAAGUGUGUAUUAAAAAAAAAGUGUGUAUUAAGUACAAUGGUACAAUGAAGGUGAGAAAAAUACCAAAUACUUUCUCAAUCUGGAAAAGAGACAUUGUAAACAAGGAACAAUAACCCAGCUCAAAGUCAAUGACA